AUGGACUACCUAUUCUACGACAUCUUCAAGGAAGGAAAGACCCUUGACGACGCCCCACUUGCCUUACUUCGCAAAGAGUCCGAGUUUGCCUGGGCUUCAACCAAUAGCGGGGAAACAACUCGAUUCUUCCCUUCCAUAACCGACGAAGAAAACAAGGUCAACGGAGCGGUCGUGCAUUGGAGAGGCAUUGAGAGCCCAGAACGUGCUGAGUCCACUAAACAGGAGGUGCCGUGGAUUAAGCAUGGGUUUUCAGACGCCAAGGUCAUCCCCAUUGGAAAUUUCACUUCGGUGUCUAAGCUCUUCCACCAAGGAGGAAAGUAUCUGCACUGUGAGCCAGUGCAACGUCUGCAGCCUUUUAACACGGACCCAUGUGUGACAUGGUAUGCUGUUAUCGUCGCAAGGGAUGCAUCGUCAUAUGAUGCGAGGUUUGGGGAGAGAGAUGCAUUGCACUGUGUCAGGCUUUGGAAAGGUGGAAUAGCGGAAGAGGUGUUCGAUGUGGUUUAUCCACAGCAAGGCAAGGUCCUCCGAAUGAAAGCGAAUGAUAGGGCAGAGGUAAAACAAUACGUGGAAGAGAUCCCGUCCUUGACUGAAGGUGCAGCAGAGGUGGACAUACUCCGAGCGAAAUCGCACAUGGUCUGGGAGGUUUUCUUCUGA